UGAAGAGAAUCUCAAUACUCACCAGAAAGGGUAGAAGAGAGGAGAGCAGAAAACAGAGCACUACAGAGAGAGAGAGAGAGAGAAGACAACAACAUCACCACCCAAUCCCUCCCUUUCACAGACAGACAGACACAGACAGCAUCACACAACCCCUGAAUCUCACUACUCUCUCUCUCACCCACACCCCCCACACACAUCUAUUUCUACACCCAAAAAUGGUGAAAAUCAUUUCCAACUACGAGCUCAUUGCCUGCGGCAUAGUGUAGGUCCUUCUCCGCAGCGCGCGCUCUCUCUCUCUCUCUCUCUCUACAGUACCUUCUCCUUCCAUGUUUCUCUCUCUACCUCUCUCAAGAAUGUGCUGCCGGAGGAUGAUCUGGGGGAACUUGGAUCCGGAGAGGAAGAGGAGCGGGGGGCUCAGGACCAAACAGGCGGGACGGGGGUCGUGCCGUGGUAGUUAGACCUGAGAGAAAAAAUCCGAGGCCUAUACUACUUUUAUACCUUUAAAAGCAUUGUUCACUGUUGCAUUCGAGGUUUUGAGCCAUGGGGUAUCUUCUGAAAGAAGCGUUGAAGACUCUUUGUGGCGUUAAUCGGUGGUCUUAUGCUGUUUUCUGGAAGUUCGGUUGCCAAAACCCUAAGCUUUUAAUUUGGGAAGAAUGCUAUUAUGAAUCUUUGUCAUCUUCAAUUCUUCCGCACAAUUCUGGGAUUCAGGGCUCAGAACUGGCUUUUGAAGAGUGGGAAGGGCGCUGGGUUACGGUUGCAGCUAAAAAAUCUCAGGUUGGCGUUCGAGCAGAGGACAAAGUCUCUUCACUCAUAAACAAAAUGAUGUCGGAUAACCGAGUUAAAGUUCUAGGACAGGGGCUAGUUGGGCGAGCUGCAUUUACUGGUAACCAUUUAUGGAUUCUGUCGGAGAACUACGCUGGAGAAACCCAUCCAUCAGAGGUUCAAACUGAAGUGUGCCACCAAUUUUCAGCUGGGAUAAGGACAGUUGCAGUAAUUCCCGUCCUUGGUCAUGGUGUUGUUCAACUUGGUUCAUCCUUGGAUAUUAUGGAGAACAUGACAUUUCUGAAUGAUGCGAAGAAUUUAAUCUUUCAACUAGGAUGUGUAUCUGGUGCUCUAUUAUCCGACUAUUACACAUCAAAAGAACCAGCUCCGAGGAUUGGGUUACCUGCUUUUCCCAGAAGACCUGUAUUUACUACUCCAGCUGGGAACCACAUGGUGAAAGAUUCUGUUCCUUCUGUUACUGACAGCUGCAACCAGCAUAGUGUUCCAUCUCAGGUUUUGGAGCUUGUUGGUCACCCUUCUAAUUCUGUAAUUGGUGCUUCAUCAUUUCAAAGGCCUGAAAUGGCAUCAAAUGGUGUCCAACCACCGAAUAAUGUCUGCCAGCCAAAUGUAACUCCAGUUAUGAAACCAAGUUUUCCUUUCAGUAGCCAAUUUGACUGUGAGCAAACAGAAGCUGAAGUGAUCCAGUUGAACCCAGAGCUAUGGCUGAAUCCAGCAUCUUCUCCCUACAACCUUAGGUCUGGAUUCAAUGAACAAUUUCAUGUUAAUCCAAUGUCUGCAAAUUAUAGCAAUUUAGGAAUAAUGGAAGAGCAGAUCUUUUCUGAUUUUAUGAAGGAUCAGGCUAACAACAGUUUAACCACAUCAGGUGGCAUUACGAUGUCUCAACUGAGAACAAAUGGAGGAUUAGGUUCUAGUGAAGUUCAGUUGCAUAGACAAGCUAGUAAUAGUAAUUAUAAAUCAAUGGUAAACUCGUGUUCUCUUCCAGCUGUGAGUGGGCUCAAUGCCGGUUCAUCUAACACAGAGGUAUCAGCGUCUGAUCUGACAGAUCAUUUCACGGCCAAUCACUUGCUUUUGGGGAAUUCUGACUUCAGAGACCAAUCUAAAAAAGACAAGUGUUCGCAAAUCGAAGUUGGUCAGAGAAAUGAACAUAUGGCGAAUGAUGUAUUUCAAUCCCUUGACAUCCCAUCGGUCCAUCUGGACAGACGUACAAAUUUAAGCGAGAUCAUUUCCUGCUCCGACCUUGAUAGCCAAAGGCAUGACUAUGGAAAUCAGAAUUCAAAGUCAAAAGCUGCUAAAAGUGAGGACAAACCUCAGUCAGGGGAUGACCUGUUUGAUAUUCUGGGAGUGGAUUUCAAGAACAAACUAUUCAAUGACAGCUGGAAUAGCUUUCUUGAUGGGGGGCCAGAUUCAAUCACAAAACCAUUGAAUAAGAACAAUUAUGCAUCCUCAAAUCUUGAGGAUGCAGAUUCUGAAUUAUAUAGUGGUAUUUUUGGUGCGACUGGUACCGACCAUCUAUUGGAUGCUGUCGUAGGAAGGGUCCCUACUGCUGUCAAGCAGAGCUCAGAUGACAAUGAUUCUUGCAAAACCGUACUUACAAAGAUCAGUAGCUCUUCUGUUCCUAAUCUUUCUCCCUCCUAUGGACGAAUUAAUGUGCCUGAUCAGAUGCAAGGAAAUUUAUCUGGGCUUCCCAAGUCUCUGGCAAAAUUAGCUGCAGUAGGGUCAUGUUCUUUUAAGUCUGAGUGCAGCAAGGAAGAUACAGGCAAUUACUCCCGUACCAGUUCGGUAUGUGGAUCGCAAAUGAGUUCAUGGGCUGAACAGGCUCAUAGUAUGAAACACAAUAGUAGCACUUCCGGUUCAUAUUCUAAGAGGCCUGAUGAGGUCAGCAAAUCAAAUCGCAAAAGGCUUAAACCUGGAGAAAACCCUAGACCCAGGCCAAAAGAUCGCCAGAUGAUUCAAGAUCGUAUGAAAGAGUUGAGGGAAAUUGUACCUAAUGGGGCCAAGUGUAGCAUUGAUGCGCUGCUGGAGCGUACAAUUAAGCAUAUGCUUUUCUUGCAAAGUGUUACAAAGCAUGCUGACAAGCUUAAACAAGCUGGAGAGUCCAAGAUUAUCAAUACAGAUGGUGGGCUACUAAUGAAAGAUAACCUUGAAGGAGGAAGGACAUGGGCAUAUGAAGUUGGAUCACAAUCUAUGGUCUGUCCUAUCAUAGUUGAGGAUCUGAAUCGACCUCGUCAAAUGCUUGUGGAGAUGCUUUGUGAAGAACGUGGUCUAUUUCUGGAAAUAGCUGAUAUCAUAAGAGGAUUGGGAUUAACCAUCCUCAAGGGGGUGAUGGAAACUCGGAAUGACAAGAUCUGGGCGCGCUUUGCAGUUGAGGCUAACAGGGAUGUCACAAGGAUGGAGAUCUUCGUGUCUCUUGUUCACCUUCUAGAGCAGACCAUUAAGAACAACGCAGUAGCAUCUGGCAACGCUAUUGAGAAUGGCAAUAUGAUGGUCCACCAGUCUUUCCACCAAGGAACCUCCAUUCCUGCGACGGGCCAGCCUUGUGGUUUACAGUGAACCACUGCUAUUUUGGUGUGUGGACGUGUUGAGAGCAAACCCUGUUUCGGCUUUCCUGCGACGGGCCAGCCUGGUGGUUUACAGUGAACCAUGGCUAUUUUGGCGCGUGGACGUGUUGAGAGCAAACCCUGUUUCGGCUUGCCAUGACUAACACGAUCCUGGACUCAUUCUUGCUGCUUCUCCUGAGAUUUAUGACAGACCUCAUUUGAAGUGGGAGAGAUUGUUUGUUGUUUCCUGAAAAGGGUGCCUGAAUGUACUAAUCCAAUGUCUAUUUCUUCUUUGUUUCCGGUUUCCUCCUCGGGUAGUGUAGUGUGCUGGAGGUAGUAACCCAAACUUGUUCGGUGUCGGUUCUCGUUUAGAAAUGUAUAGAACAUUUGGGACAUGGAAUGUAGGGGUUUUAAGUUUCCA